AUGAUGUCCCCAAGGAGUUUCCUUUACUACAAUAGGCAGCCCUCGGCCUCGACCACACCUACAUCGUCCGCUCCCUCCUCUUCGUCCCUCACGCCCAACUCAACCACCAACAGUUACGCCACCAGCUUGAGUUCGACUUUCGUUAAGACAGCAACGACAACGACGACCGUCCCCAUCAACACCACCAGAACGGCUCAGCCUUCUGCCCUGCUGGAUCGGAAAAAGGAUGCCCAGAACGUCUCUGUCACAGUCACGCCUAUCCCUACUACUUCCACGACCACCUCAGCUACCAUGGCCAAAAGGAAGGAUGCUCGCCGCGAAACGACAAAGUUGGCGCCCUCGAGCCCUCCCAGGACGACUACCAGCGUAACUACGCGACCCACUACCCCGACCACUCCGGUUCAGAUCCCCUCCAAGGCGAGGUCAAAUCCGUCUCACGGCUCUCAUCGCCACGCGCAGCGGAAACCCUUACGCCCCCGGGAUGUGCACUCACCAGAUGCUGUCCCCCCUGCCAUGCUGGCCCUGCUCGCCGUCACUGAUAUCCCCAGACCGCGACGCACUCUGAGGCAAAGGUUCUCCCGAGACCAGCAUAUGACUCUCGAGGCUGUCAUUGAAAGACAGCAAGUAUGCGAGAAGGAACUUAGUCUUACUUUUGGCAGCAAAAGCCCCAUGGACCUGCUGCUCUCGCCGCCAGAUGACUUGACAGACGAUGAUAUGUCGAUCAGUGACAGCGGCCUCGGUUCCGUUCUGUCCACCAGGACCGUCUCUGUGGAGUCGGUUCCUUCUUUGGGCGACUCCUUCUCGACCGACACAUUGUCGUCCGUCGAGUCCCCUUACGGAUUCAGCCCGCGAAGAAAGCGAUCCCGUCAGCCCCGGCGGUCUCUGGAGCCCGUCUCAUCGCCUCCCGGCCAGCCGGAGGACCAUCCGCUGUCUCGCGACCGGGUCAACGUGGACGACCUCGAUUUCCGGGUGUUUGACGAAUCCCAGGACGAGGAGGACACCAAGUCGGAAUUCUCGUUUUCCGACUACACGUUCCCCCUGCGGCCGCUCAAGUCGGCCUUUAAGUCGAACCUGACGGCGUCGCUGCGUGCACUGCGCUCGGCAGCGCGGUCCAUCUCAGCCAUCAACUUCUCGUCGAUCCCGCCUGACGACUUUCUCACCCGGUCGAUUCUCACGAUCGACCCCAAGGUGCCGUACACGGAUGAGCGACGACCACCGGUGCUGGAAGAGGAGCCGUCUGCGGCGCUGCGUCGUUACCUAAACCCCACGACCAACGCUCGCAUCGAGCCCCACACGCCAACGGCAACGGCGACGGGCACGCGAAGCUUUACUGCCUCGAUCCAGAUGCAGACGUACAAGGUUCAGCGAAGCCGCAGCACACCACCCACGUCAAUACGGAGCCCCUCUCCGACGACAUCGGCGAGCACGACUCAGUCACCUACGCUGCCUUAUCAGCCCCCAGCCCAAUCUCCGAACCAGACCGCAUUCACAUACCCCCCCGGCGGUAUGCGUCAACGGGAGAUGCGGGAGAACUCGGAUUUCAUCCGCAUCGCCGUCAUGGAGAUGGCGAUGCGCAAGCAGGGCAAGCUCGACGACCAACGGCCGGGCCGCGCGCGGUGGGCAUUGCCUCCGCGGAAGGCCAACGUGCGGGCCUACGAGGUCGGCGCCGACGGCGUGCCGGCACGUUGGAUUCCAGCGUCAAACUGA